GGGGUUCCUGCUCUUCUACAGCAUCUUGCCCCGUCUUCUCUGGACCCUACAGUGACCAUGAAGAAGAGCCUCAGCUGCGUCGCCAAUCCUCUCCUUUACUCAAAGGUUCCUUUUCCAGCCUGCAGGGGUCUGUUCCAUGCAUGCAAGGAUCUUUGUCAAGUCUUGACGAACCUUUGUCUAACUUUCCGAACUCUUUACCCAAUCUCAGAGGUUCAGUCUCUCGGAUAAAGAGGAGAUCACUUGGAAGCCUGGACAACUCCAUCCCCAAUCCUAUUGAGAGAAGUAAAAGCCCUAGUCUACAGAGUGGAAACGGCAGCUCUAGUGAUGAUGAUGGAAGUUGGGAUACAAAUAGCUGGAGCUCAGUGGCCACCUGCUUACUACGGACUCCUAUUAAGCAAGACAGCAAUGAACAGUCUUGCAACACUGAUCAGGUGUCCUCUGCUGCUGAGGGUGAGGAUGAAAUCAUUUACCAAAAUCUUAUCAUUUCACGUCCUCCUGCUAAAUCUGAAAACAAAAGAGACCAUGAUCAUGAGAAUACUUGCACAACACAAAGGAAAGAUGCCGGACUCCAAAAUAUGUCAUCAUCUUGCAAAAAUGCUUCUUCGGUCUUAUUCCAUCAGUGUGAUGAGAAAUCAGAGGACAGGCGCAAGUUCUCACAGUUUCUAAAUGAAGUGACUUGCAGGGUCUUAAAAUCAAAUGGUGGUCCUCUUCAGCAACCGUUCAUUUUACGACAUUGCGCUCUAACUCCUCCACCACCUCCACCAACUCCAUCUCACACACCACUACAUUCUGCCUUAACAAAUCCACCGCCACCAUCGACAUCAACAACAAACUUGUGGUACAGUCCAACCAGUUCAAACCUUCAGCCGAUUAAGGAGUGUGACUCCAAAGAUAUCACAAGUUCCAUCCACCAGUGGAGCAAGACAUUACCAAGCUGUAGGAUCAUAGAGCCGAGGGAAGUCCUAAGGAAAGUAAAAGAGGAGACUCACUCACACCCAGAGCCCAACCAAGAGCUAUGUGCAAAGAUUCAAGCACAAGCCCCUACUGGGAGACAUUAUCUAGAGACAGACAUUGACAGAGUGAGGCGGCUGGAUGAACUGGUAGCUAAUGGCACCCUUGGGAAAGAGAGAACUGAAAAAGUGCUUGAAGAAGGUAUAGGGAGAGUAAAGGAAAGGGAAAACAGGACUCUGUGGGAGAGAAAUGGAGGCUUGGGGAUGGAAAAAGAGAAGGAGAGGGAAAAGAGAAAAGAAGCCUCCUGGGAGAGAGACAGAGGAGGUGAGAAAAGGAGGGAAAAGGACAGAAAAAGAGAAAAGCCUUGCUGGGAAAAAGUUAGAUGGUCAGAAAGAGGGCGGGAGAAGGAGAAAAAAGUUAUUCCUACCAGUUAUGAGCCACCUUAUCCUCAUCUGGCUGCCAGUAGACGGAACAACCCCUGCCCUGUCUUCAGCUGGCCGGAGCAGCAGUUUCCUAGAAUGUCCUACAGGUCUACCUCAUUGCCCAGACCUCUAAAUGUUGCUGAAUCUGAUGGCGAGACGCAGCAUGACACAAGCUCAUUUCAUGACCACAAGGAUGACCUACGUAAGCGCCUGUCGUACACCACCCACAAACUAGAGAUGGUGGAAACUGAGUUUGACUCCACUCGGCAGUACCUCGAGACAGAGCUGCGCCGGGCCCAGGAGGAACUGGAGAAAUUUACAGAGAAGCUGCGCAGGAUCCAGAGUAGCUAUGCAGCUCUUCAGAGGAUCAACCAGGAUUUGGAGGACAAGAUGCACAGGGCGUCACAGCACCACGAGGAGGAAAAAAGAGCCCUCAGCCGGGAAAUCAUUGUUCUCAACAAUCAUCUCAUGGAGACGAAGAUCACCAUUAAUAAACUCAGAGAGGACAAUGACCUGUACAGGAAAGACUGCAAUCUGGCAGCCCAGCUGCUGCAGUGCUCCAAGUCUCACUACAGAGCACAUAAGAUGUCUGAGCUGCCACUGGAUUUCCAGGAACGCAUCAGUUCCCUCAUGGAAAAACAUAAUCAGAGUAGUGGCGUCACCAUGGCAAUGUGCCACUCAAAUUAUCCAGACGCUGUGCCCACAGCCAUAAUUGCCAAGGUCCUGGAAAAGCCCGAGCCUGGAAGCAGUUGCCCUGUAACGCGUUCACCCAGCCCGCAGGCACAGGAUGGAGACUUUCUGACAGGAACAGGAAGCACUGAUCAUCUGAACCGGCGCCUUUCUUAUAAGACAUCUGACCUGUACUGCAGCGACACGGCGCUCUACUGUCCUGAACGAUGGCAGGACACCGAGCGCAGACAAAGUGUUGACCUUCAUGGCACUGGCCUGCUUCAGCUUCACGCUCAGAACUCUGUUGACAGCAACCCCGAUGAAGAUGCUUUCCACUCUGGAAGUUUUUCCCACCAUGAACCCCCAUCCUCCUUCCGUCACCACGAUGAGUUCGGCACUGGGAGUCUCCCAGUGUCCAGUUCCUACUCCAGUUUUAGUCUUGCAUCAGAUGAAAAGGGAGGAGUUAGUGGAGGAUGUGGGCGCACUGGCAGCAGCACCUUAUCUUCUUCCCACCAGGGUCUCUACAUGGACUGGCGAGAAGGUAGUAGUGGAGACUAUGAGCACAAAAGUAUUUCCUCCUAUGAUAAAGACAGAUCAAGCUUCCCCAAGUCCCACAGCAUCCAGCACAUGGCAACCCAAAGGAGCCCCCAGAAGGGCCCCUCACCAGCCUACACAAGGACAGCGUCAUGUUUCAGUGAACCGUUCCACUCCAGCACUCCUCGUCUGGCCUCCUCUCACAGCAUGGGGUCUGCAAUUGGACUGGGCCAGGCUCAUGGAGGAACCCUGGACAGCCAGGGUGAUGUCCAGGUCUCCGAGGAUGACCUGAGCAGCCGCUGGAGACAGCUCAGCGUGGAAGACAUCAACACCUUCUCAUCUUCUUAUCGCAACAUUACAGGGCGGGUUUCUCCAUACAGUUUCUCUGAACGCCACUUUGCCAUGGGCCCCUCCAGUAAAGUCAAAGGGUCUCUCUACAGCAGCUUCCAAGAAGGAGAUGACGUCUUCCACGGUCGGGUGCUGGAGCAGUGCUUUCCCAUGAGUUCCUCCUCUCCCAGCCGCAGUCCCAAGCCAAAAGAGCAUCGCAAGCAGGAGAAAACUUCUGUGCUGUAUAGAGCCAAGGAUGACAGUCAGGACUCUGAGAGCAGUUUGUUCCUCUCAGGGAGCUCUAAAGACAAGGAGAGCAGUGGGGGAGCGACAGCGGCAAGCAGCGCAAAGAAGGACUACGUGAAUCUGAGCGCAGACAGCUCGGCUGAUUCCUUACACCAAAGCUCACUUGAAGCCUCAAGUCUUCAACACUACCCCACCCCCAGGCCGAGCGUCCGGCCCCGCCCGAGCUCCAGCUCUGCUCUCAGCAUCGGCCCCGCGCUCCCAAAGAAGACUUCUGCAAGAUACCAAAAGUUUGGCAGUACAGGACUGACGAGAAAGGACAGUUUGACCAAGGCACAGCUAUACGGUACGCUGCUGAACUGAGUGGAGAAAGCUAUUUUUAUUUUAUGCAUGAUGAUGACGAUGAUAACGAGUCCUAACUUUCUGUACUGUUCUGUAUGUCUCCCUGCAGCAAACACAUACUUGGUGUGAUGGGGUGUUCUGAUGUUGUUUUAUGUAUCUUAGCCACGGCACGUUUCACGCAGUCUGCAACCUUUUUCUCUAUUGUACGUCAGUGUAUUUAUCGACCUGAGACAUGCUACUCAGUAUGUUUUUGUUUAAGUGAUGGCGAUAUUUAGAGGCACCAGGAUAAAACCACAUUCUCUCUACAACACAAAGAUACUUUGCUAUUCACUCUUUUUUUAAGUACUGUUAGUAAAACCAGCAAAAGAUCAUUAAUUCUUGCUCUAAUAUAUACAAGUACUGAAAAUGAAGUGUGUUUAAUGAGGUGACUUAAUUCUGCAUGUUUGGGAGAGGUUAUCCAUUAUGUUUAGCAGGCCGCGCUGACUGCAAACUGUUAAAACGAUUUACCCAUCCUCUACUUUCACUUACACAAAUGCAUGUUGUGUAAUGCAUAUGAAUAAGGUGGAAAAAACAUUUCCAGCUAAACUGUUUUUCAAAGAGACAUUAUCUGUAGGCAACCCUUACCAGAAGGAAAUAUUCUCCAACUGGCUAAAUAAGAGAUUCAAAUAAUAUAUAUUUAUUUCAAGGCCAUAUGAUAUUUCAUAGCAAGAUUUAUAUAGCUAAUAGAGUAAUCCCACACUUCUUAAUAAGAACCCUAAAUUGCCUACAUUUGUCAGCUAUAAAAUAUACAAAUAUAUUUUUAAAUAAUAUAAUUAUUAUGAGAGGAAAUACACAAAUAUAACCAGGUACCCAUUCAGUAAAACCUAUUACACAGACUGUGAUGGACCGAGCAGUGAAGGAAACUUAGGCACAGGUUAAAGUCCAAAAAAAUGAUUUUUUUAUUUAACCCAAAAACAUAAUUGGUUAAAUCAUGCAAAAAGAAUCAAAAUCUUGGGCCCAUAAAAGAGGUCAAAAUAACAGAACUCUACUCAAAGUUGACAACACUACUGAUAACUCAAACAAACUGACCUAACUUAACGAGACAAAGGGGAAACUUAAAUAGUGGCUGAUCAGCCCACAAAAACACAAGGGAUAAAACACACAAAACCUAACUAAACCUAACACAAUGAACUCCAAUUCCCCCCCAUGGUCCCGAGUUAUGGAAUGAACCAAUUUGCAGUCUUCCAUCAAAGCUCGCUCCGCCCCUUUUCCACCUCUUGGCUCCUCAAUCAAGGGACUGGAGCAGCUGCAACUAAGGUAACUCAGAAAACAAAAGAUUAAUCAUACAUAACAGUGUAAACUAAAAUGUGCGCACUUAUUUUAGAAUGCAGUGUUAUGUGGAUAUGUGAAUUAACUCUAAACCCAAACCAGUUAUUUAUUGUCCUGUAAAUUAAUUCCUAUAUUUAAAGAAAGACAAAUGUGAAUGCAAUGUUACUUAUAAGCCUCUACACUAACAUGGUGGGUAUUACCACUGUGUGGCUGUAAGUGCAGCCAUCACACAGACAUACAGUAUUGUGCAAAAGUCUCCAGCCACCUUUUUUUAUGUUUUGUGUCUUUCUUGUUAUUUUUUUAAAUGUUGUUUUGAGUAAUAGUUUUCUAGGUUUUCUGAAGGUCUUCCAAAGUUUUUCUUUGGACAUUUAGUUGCUUUUUCAUUCAUUUUCAGUCCAGUUAUUUUACCUCACCGAAUCAUUCAAUAAUAAUAAAAAGGCAUCUCACAAAAGGGAUGAAGCAGUGUUGUGUCGACACAUAACAGACAACUUAACCAAUUUUAAAUUGUAUUUUCAGGCACUCUGUUCCUAGAGGCCUGUUGCAAAAAACAGAUAAUUUGUUCCCAUCUUUUCAGGUAAGUCUAUGAAAAAUGCUAACGAUAACACAGUCUGACAGAUUAAAAAAAAUAGUAUUUUGGCAUCAACAAGAUGAUUCCCAUUGACAGCAAUUGAACCAAGUUUGCAAAAAAAAAAAUCCAAAGCCCUUACAUGGGACCUGGGAGAUGCAUCUGGGCUUUACGUUGACCCAUCCACCGGAAACUGACGCCUAAUCAGAAAUGGUGUAAGUAGAAGGGUGGCUCAUGUCUUUUGCACAGUACUAUAACUCAAAGCAGCAGGUAUAAGUUGCAGGUAUAAGUCAUUCAUUUUACCCAACUGGAAUUUUUCAUAUAUUUGUACAAAAAUAAGAUGAUGACAUCAGCAGUCAUACUGCACAGCGGUUACCGUAAAAACCAAGACACUUGUGAAAUUGCCUUAAUCCUGUCCAGUGGACAGAAAGGUCUCCUUUACAGCAUCUAACAACUGUGUACAUACUGUAUAUCUGCUGUAUUGUCACUGUAUGUAUACACUACUGUUACAGUGUAUGCUCUUCCUGUCAGAUAAUAUAUAUACAUACACAGGUUUCAGGAGACGUCUGUUCCCAUAUGAGACAUGUUUUUCGAUGUUGAUCAUCACUGGAAUUUGCUGACAUGAAAUUCUGUAAAAUUUCUACUGAUGUGCCAACUUUUAACACUUUUGGCACUAUAUACACAAAAGCAAAACAACACUUUUGGUUCUACUACUUUAAGGGGAGAGUUAAUUGGAAAAUUGUCCAGGCCUUGGUGGAAGUUCUGCAACGUAUGCACUAGAAAAGGUGGAUGGGUAAGUGCACUGAAAAGGUAGUAAAGAGUGACUAAACACAAACAUGUACAGUCAGUGUGUUGUUUUCAACCAGCAUGCUCAGUAAACACUGUGAAAUGGACAAAGCUUGUGUAUAUACAGACGUAGAAAGUGUCAAAGACCUUAUUAUAAAAUACUGCCUUAUGUUAAAUGAACAGCUGCAGAGAGAUUGUCCUGCUGCCCAACAAUCAUACUACCAUUUGCUAUUCCAGUAUAGAAGAGUACAAAAUGACAAUGUUCCAACAUCUAUGCACGCCAGGAUUUCUUACUGUCUGUGUAGCUCUGCAGAGCCGAGAGGAACAGCGCUAGAGAGAAGGUAAUUUACGGAAGCUCAACUUUGCCCUCAAAUCAUCACUGACAGAUUUUAUUUUCGAAAGCUAUGCGUCUCUCACUGCCGCACAUCUGAGAACUGGCUUAAGGCUGUUUAAAAUAUUCUGACAUUGUCAUAUUUGUGAAGCUAAAACUGCACCAUACAGGUCACUGACAUUUUUUGACUCUUAUUUGAUAGACUGUUUAGGUCUUAGCAGUGAAAAAGGUUUGAAAUUACAUUUAACCACUGUACAGAGGAAAUGAGAAUAUAAAUGGUAUUUUUGUUGUGGGCGCAAUGUAGAAAAGGAGAUACUUCAUACACAGUUGUUAUAAUAUGAAUAUUUUUAUCUAGUUUAAGUUGUUGUUAUAGUUAUAGAAUGUUUUGACCUUGAAUGACGAGGCUGAAGUGGUUCUGUCCUGUCCUACCUCCAGCCCUGUUCCAGGAAUAACAGGCCUGUUGUUUAAAUGUCACGUUUGUCUGUCUGAUGCAUGGUUCUAUAUUUUUGCUGUAUGUUUAUUUACUUAAUAAAGAUGUGUGUUGGGAAAUUGAUUGCAGACUUCAAGGCAUAUUAUUUUAGGUAAUUUAUUCUACCACCAUCUGGUGGUUCACAGUAGGGGACCGUUUUAAAUUUUUAUAACAAAUCCUUAACCGGCUUAAUUAUCACAUUUAGUUGCAGAACCGCUUUUAGCACCAAUAAGUUGAAAUAACAGUUUUCUGUGCGACUUUAUCAGUCUCUCACUUCAUUGUUAGGGACUGAUAUAUUAAUACUGCUUCCGCUCAUUAAGGUCUGCAGGCUUUUGUUUAAGGACAGCUCUCUUAAGGUGCCACUGCAGCCUUUCAGUCUUUGACUGGGCCAUUGCAACACCUUGAUUCUUUUUGAUUCUGGUGCUGGUAUGCUUGGGAUCAUUGUUGCAUGGCCUGUCUGUCAUCUGACAAAGAUGGCUUCUUGUUUGACUCUAGAACACUGGUCGACUCAUUGACUGUAAGCUCCUCAGGUUCAGUGGAUGCAAAGCGAGCCCAAAUCAUUACGCCUCCACCACCAUGCUGAUAUGCUUUCUUUAGUUUUCAACAAACAUGGCGCUCUGCAUUAUAGCCAAACUUCUCCACUUUGGUCCCAUCUUUAUAGAGGGCAUUGUUCCAGACGUCAUGCUGCCAUGUCAUUUUUAGUAGUAGCUCUUGGGCUUUUACUGAGGUGGUCGCCCUUCCUGAUCAUUAACUCAUCUGAUUAACAGUACCUGGCUUCUACUUUAUUUCCUAUGGAAGUAGUAAGGGAACAGUAUGUUUUUCCACAGGAUGGCAUUCUUCCUUCUUAUUCUUACGGUGGACUAUGUAUGUAGAUGCAGAUUAAUUAAAAAAACUGCUUUAAAAAUCAUUUAGGGGCCUUUUAAAGACAACUACAAUGACGCUUUCUGUAUCAUUAACUGAGGUAAAAUAAGCAUAGGCGUUACAAAACAGGGAAAACUAUUUACACAUUAGAUUUUUCCCUAUAAACAAGGAUAAGGAUGUUUCUACUAUAUAUACUGAAUAAAGAUCACAAGCAUCUGCACUUCAAUGCUCUGCUGUUGACUGGCAGGACUCUGGGAGAACUUGGCAAUGCUUUGACAGAUGAUGGCAUAUUUUUUUAGUUCUCUGGUUGUCUUUCUUUGAUGCAGUGUGAAAGGAAAUGUCAUAUCAGAGCCAGAGAGAAGAAAAGGGAAUAAG